GCUAGAUCCAGGUCCAACUUAAUUUUAUAGGUUUGUCUACUCUUUUAAGGAAAGACCCACAAAUAUCAUUUUUUAUCUUAACAGAAAAUCCCAGCAAGAUUUCUAUGGGGAAUUUCAUGGUAUCACCGGAUUAUAAAGCAGAAGAUGAAGAUAUCAUGCAGCAUCCUUCAGGAGAAAGCUUGAAUGUGCUUCUAGGACUUCAUAGUACAGAUCUCUCGUAUAAUACCCCUAAUAAUGAGGAACCUUCCCCUAGCCAGUCACAAAUUGUUACUAUAAGUACAGGUCAGAAAGGGCUUCAGCGUGGGAAACGGUUCCGUAAAAGCUCAGUUCUUUCUACAGACAGAAGAAUUCACACAGGAGAGAAACCAUAUUCAUGUCCAGAAUGUGGAAAAUGUUUUAAACAGAAAUCACAUCUCAUUACACAUGAAAGAAUUCACACUGGAGCAAAACCAUAUCCAUGUUCAGAAUGUGGAAAAUGUUUCAGACAAACAUCAAGUCUUGGUAGACAUAAGAGAAUUCACACAGGAGAGAAGCCAUAUUUCUGCUCAGAAUGUGGGAAGAGUUUUAUAGUUAAAUCAAAUCUUAUUGAACAUGAGAGAAUUCACACAGGAGCAAAACCAUAUUCCUGUUUAAAAUGUGGGAAAUGUUUUAUAGAUAAAUCACGUCUUAGUAAACAUGAGAGAAUUCACACCAGAGCAAAACCAUAUUCGUGUUCAGAAUGUGGAGUAUGUUUUAUAGAUAAAUCACGUCUUAGUAAACAUCAGUGGAUUCACACCGGAGCAAAACCAUUUUCCUGUUCAGAAUGUGGGAAAUGUUUUAUAUAUAAAUCACGUCUUAGUAUACAUAAGAGAAUUCACACCGGAGCAAAACCAUAUUCAUGUUCAGAAUGUGGGAAAUGUUUUAUACGGAAAUCAAUUCUUGUUAGACAUGAGAAAAUUCACACAGGAGAGAAGCCAUAUUCAUGUUCAGAAUGUGGGAAAUGUUUUAUAUAUAAAUCACAUCUUAUUAGCCAUGCGAGAAUUCACACAGGAGCAAAACCAUAUUCAUGUUCAGAAUGUGGAAAAUGUUUUAUACGGAAAUCAAUUCUUGUUAGACAUGAAAAAAUUCACACAGGAGAGAAUCCAUAUUCAUGUUCAGAAUGUGGGAAAUGUUUUAUAUGGAAAUCACAUCUUAUUAGUCACGAGAGAAUUCACACAGGAGCAAAACCAUAUUCAUGUUCAGAAUGCUGGAUGUGUUUCACUGAAAAAUCAAGUCUUGUUAAACAUGAGAAAAUUCACACAGGAGAGAAGCCAUAUUCAUGUUCAGAAUGUGGGAAAUGUUUUAUAUGGAAAUCAGAAUUUAUUCGCCAUGAGAGAAUUCACACAGGAGAGAAGCCAUAUUCAUGUUCCGAAUGUGGGAUGUGUUUCACAGAAAAAUCAAGUCUUGUUAAACAUAAGAAAAUUCAUACAGGAGAGAAGCCAUAUUCAUGUUCAGAAUGUGGGAAAUGUUUUAUGCGGAAAUCACAACUUAUUAGCCAUGAUAGAAUUCACACAGGAACAAAACCAUAUUCAUGUUCAGAAUGUGGGAUGUGUUUCACAGAAAAAUCAAGUCUUGUUAUGCAUAAGAAAAUUCACACAGGAGAGAAGCCAUAUUCAUGUUCAGAAUGUGGGAAAUGUUUUAUACGGAAAUCACAACUUAUUAACCAUGAGAGAAUUCACACAGGAGAGAAGCCAUAUUCAUGUUCAGAAUGUGGGAAAUGUUUUACAGAGAAAUCAACUCUUCUUAAGCAUCAUAGACGUCACACGGAAGCUAAACCUUUUUCAAAUGUUGGAACAUACUAGGUUAUGACCUGAUCUUAAAUAGAUAAUAAGAAGGUUAAUUUUUUUGGUUGCAGUUAACCUGACUCUCCCAGAUGACUGAUUUCUAUUUUUCUCUGAGGUCAACUGUGACCGAGAUCCAUGGAGGAAAAGUAUUUUGGAUAUAAGGAAGAAAAGUAGAGCCUUGUUUACUUCCAGAGCAGUGAAGAUGAACUGUCCACAUGAACCUUGUUUCUUAUCACUGUAUUCACACCUCCCUUCACACUAAGGGAGAAACCAGAGUAACAUAGGGAGAAGUAACGACGCUCCAUGUAAUAGUUUUAUAAUGUAUGUGGACAUAUUAAUAUUUCAUCUUCAUUCAUUGAUACAGAUAAAAUAAACUCUUCUAUUUGCUCCACGACAGCAUCACCAUCGUCACUGACAGACAUUGUCUUCUUGGCUUGUAUUAUAGUUUUUCCUAGCGCUGUGACAUUCAUUGCUCCUACAGACUAACCCUCCUGUGCAGAGUCAGUGAUAUUGGUGGCAUGAUGACUAUAUCUGCCACGGACGUACUGAGACAUACGAAUGUCCCCGCGACAGAGUGGCAGGAGAUCUUUUAGACUAGCAACACGUGGUUUGAUUUGACAUGUUUACCUUGUGGAUCAAUAGUUAUCUGUGUUGUUUCUGGUACUGGCCA